AUGACAUGGGUGACUCUAGCCUCAAAGAUAGAUGUGCCAAAAGAAAUGAAGGACUUCAGACCAAUAAGCAUGGUGGAAAGUGUAUAUAAGGUAAUAUUAAAGAUUUUGGUCCUAAGAAUGAAGAACGUAAUGAGCUUCUUGGUAGGGGAAGUGCAAUAUGCUUUCAUACAAGAUAGACAGAUUCUUGAUGGUGCAUUAAUUGCGUCAGAAACAGUUUCUUGGUUGAAAAAAAGCAAGAAGAGUGGUGUAAUCGUUAAGCUUGACUUCAAGAAAUCAUAUGACACUGUUAGAUGGUCAUUCUUGGAUCAUGUUCUAAAAAUUAUGGGUUUUAGUGAUAUUUGGAGGAAAUGGAUUAAUGAAAUGCUCAAUACAGUGGCCAUGUCGAUCAUUGUAAAUAGAUCACCGAUAGAGCCUUUUGCAAUGGAGAGGGGUUUGCGUCAGGGCGAUCCAAUUUUGCUGUUCCUCUUUAUUUUGGUGGCCGAGGUUUUGAAUUAG